CUGAUUUUUUUCUGUCGACGGAAAAUUUUCAGCUUACUCAGACCAAAAAUGGCCGAAACCGCUGCUCUUGGAAUUAUAGAUGAGAUCCAUGCCUUCGUCUCCGAUAGGCUUCAAGUGAUUUCCUACAAAUGGCUGAGUCGAAAUUUUUUGGUUUCCUCCAAUGCUGCAAAGAGACUGCUAGAGGAAUUCGUUGAAAAGCAUGGGGAUGGAUUAGCAGUGAUUUACUCUUUAUCUGGCUGGCUGAAGAGUAACCCUACGACCUACCAUAUAAGGCUUGUCCCCAGUCAUAUGCUUUCAGAUGCUAAGGAAGAGUUCGAUGGAAAAUGCUCUGUUCAAGUUUACAGUAUACAGGCCUGCCUCCCUAAGGAUCCAGCAACGCUUUGGAAUCAUGAGUUCGUUCAGGCUGAAGAUCUUUUUAAGCAGCCAGCAACUCUUGAUAAUUGUUUACGAGAUAACAGGUUUUGUGGAGUUUCAAAUUCAUUUGUUAAGAGAACAGUAGGAGGAACACCUUUGGGCACUGGAAGCAUUCAGAUGAAAUCAACUAGAGUCUCAGGUCUGUCGAGCAGUUCUAUUCCUCAAGCUACAGCUGAUCCACGGUCUAUUCAGAAAAAUUCUCAGAAUGCUGGUUUAAAUCCAGGGGCUCAGCCCCCUAACACUGCAAAACCUGUGAAAACUGAAGGAAACGUAAAGCCAGAUCUAGCACAGGUAGCAGAAAAAGAAAAAGUUCCUCGGCCACUCCCUAACAACAAAAAAGGCCAAAAUAAUAAAAACUCUUCUGGAAGUGGAGGUUCAUUAGCUAGCAUGUGGGGUCGUGCAUCAGCAAAGCCUAAACCUGAUGCUUGCUUGGUCCAAGCUGAGAAAGCCAAACAAGGAUCUUCUGUCAGUGCGGAAGCUCAAAUUUGUGCUCGUGAAUCAGCAGAGCAUGAAAUUAGUGAUGAUGAUGACGACGACAAAGCUUUCAGCGCAAGGAGGACCUCUAAUGGUGAAGGCAGUAGAAAGAGAAGAGCUGUGCCCCCGGCUGUUCGUAAGUCGCCAGCAGUGGGGAACGCUGCUCCAGCUAACCAAGCCGGGAAAGCCGGAAACAAGAAGGCAGCAAUUAAGGAUCCUAAGCAAGGGAAUCUCUUCUCAUUUUUCAAAAAGGCUUGA